CCCGGUCGCUAAAGAUAUCUCUUCAAUUUUCUCAUCUUGAAAUAUCUUCCGAAUUCACAGCAAAAGCGCACAAACAUGACAGCCAAAACUCAAGUCGCCGUACCCUUCGCCGAACCACCGUGGAAGAAUGGUCUCCCCAGUUUCUGGCUCACACCAGAACUGAAGCAAUGGCAAGAGAAAUGCCACUCUUUCAUCCAAGAGCAUUUGACACAACAUGCUUGGGAUUGGGAGAAAGAGGAAACCAUACCAGCACACGUCUUUGAGACAUUUUCCAAGCAUAAUAUGUUGAUUCCUUCUCUGCCUGCUCCCCUGCCAGUCAAAGAAUUGCAUGCUGCAGGGAUCUACGAUAUUCUAGGGACCAAAGUGGAAGAUUUCACGAAUUGGCAUAAUUAUAUCUAUGGAGAUGAGCUGAUUUCGUCUGGAUUGGCGGGGCCUAGUGGUAGUUUGACGACGGGAAUGGCGUUUGGUGUGCCACCGAUUAUCAAGUUUGGAAACGAGCAAUUGAAGAAGAAGUUCUUGCCUGAUCUUCUGACCGGAAGAAAACGCACAUGUAUUGCCAUUACAGAACCGGAUGCUGGUUCCGAUGUUGCGAACAUCCGCACCACCGCAGUCAGGAGCAAGGAUGGCAAGAAGUUCAUCGUUAACGGCACGAAGAAAUGGAUUACAAACGGGUUCUGGAGUGACAACGCGUGCAUGGCCGUGCGCACUGGAGGGCCCGGAGCAGCGGGUCUGUCACUACUGGUGGUUCCUCUGAAGGGGCACAAGGGUGUCGAGAUGAGGCGAUUGAAGGUUUCAGGACAAAUCAGUGCUGGCACGACCUUUAUCGAGCUUGACGAUGUUGAAGUGCCCGUCGAAAACCUCAUUGGUGAAGAGGGGAAAGGAAUGCUGUACAUCAUGACCAACUUCAACCAUGAGCGCCUUAGCAUCGCUAUCGGCGCAACACGACAGGCUCGUGUAGCGCUUGGCUCGGCAUUCGGGUAUGUGCUCAAGCGAGAAGCGUUCGGAAAGACACUUUUCGAGCAGCCAGUCGUCCGACAUCGCUUGGCUAAGGCCGGACUUCUGCUCGAAUCGCAGCAAGCUUGGAUCGAACAGUUCAUCUUCCAGAUGACCAAAAUGAAGAAGGAAGAUGCGGACCGCGAGCUUGGAGGCUUGACGGCAGGAGCAAAGGCGAAUGCGGCCAUGGUGCUGAAAGAGUGUGCCGACUGUGCCGUGUUACUCUUCGGAGGAAACGGUUACACUCGCUCCGGCCAGGGUGAGAUUGCCGAGAGAAUGUGGAGAGAAGUCAACGGCAACCGCGUGCCUGGCGGCAGUGAGGAUGUCAUGCUUGAUCUCAUGGUCCGACAACUGGGCAAGAAUUAUGAGCGGAAGCUCAAGGAGCUUAUGAUGACGCCUGGCUCCAAGUUGUAGAAGUCGUGUAUCAGGCAGAAAAGUGCCAGU